AUGGAAUUAGCUGUUCGUCAAGAAGAUGCUGAUGUGUUAUUGAAGCAAAAGAACGUCCUUGAUGAAACCGUGUUGGAUAAAUAUAGAACUGCUGGACAAAUUGUUCAAACUGGAUUAAAAUAUAUUAUAUCAUUAAUUAAUGAAUCAUAUCAUUUACAAAAAUCAGAUCAACCAAUAAGUGUUCAAGAGUUAUGUAUAUUAGGAGAUUCUUUCUUGAUCAACUUGUUAUCUAAAGUUUAUAAUAAUCAAAUCAAAGAAAAAGGGAUCAGUUAUCCAACUAGUAUUGAAGUUAAUGAAUUAGCUUAUGGAUUUUCACCUGAAUUAGAUGAUGAAGGACAAUAUUUCUUUACAGCUGGAGAUGUAGUUACUAUUUCUUUAGGAGUUCAAAUCGAUGGUUAUACUUCUCAAGUAAGUCAUACUUUAGUGAUUUAUCCACCUGGAAUUGAAUUAAAUUCUGAAAUUAAACCAGAAGGUCCUUUAUUAGGUUCAAAAGCUGAUGCUAUUUGUGCCAGUCAUAUUGCUACUGAAACUUUAAUGGGAUUAUUAGGAUUAAGUUUAACUCCAGAAAAAUUACCAAUAGCUUUAAAGAAUGAAGGUGGUAUCAGUGGUAGAUUAUUAAGAAAUAUAGUUGAUUCUAUUGCUGAAUCAUUUGGAUGUAUUGUUUUACCAGGAUCUAAGAUCAGAAGAAUAAGAAGAUUUUUAGCUGGACAAGCUGAAGGUAUAGUUGCUGAACGUGAUUUCAAAGGGGUUGUAUGGGAUGAAUCACAUCAAGAAGAAAGAUUAUUAAAUAAAGCUCCUCAAAGUCAAGAAUUAAUUUUAUCUGAUUCUAAAAGUAAUAUUAAACCAUCUGGAACUAAUAAUUCAAGUGCUAUUCCAAGUGAUGAAUUUAUAGUUUUACCAGGUGAAGUUUAUCAAAUUGAUAUUAGAAUUUCAAGUUUAAAUGAUUUUAAUGAAGUUGGAUUAAUUACAUUAGAAGAAAUUGAUCAUUUUACAGGUAAGAAUAAUAAACAAGAAUUUAAUAGUAAAAGUACUAUACAUAUUAGAGAUUUUGCUAUAAAUCAUCAAUUAAAAUUGAGAACUUCAAGAAAAUUAUUAUCUGAAAUUGAUAAUCAAUUUUCAGUUUAUCCAUUUAAAUUAUCAUAUACUUCCAAACAUUUCCCAAUUGAUUUAUCUAAAGAUUUAACUGAACAAUUCAAUGAUAUUAAACAAGAUUUAAAAACUUUUAAAUUAGGAUUAAGUGAAUUAAACAAUAGACAUUUAAUUAAAUCAAGACCAAUUCAAUUAACUAAAUUUGUUCCAUUAGAACAAAUUUUAAUUAGUGCCAAUCCAACUGGUAAACAUGGUAUUGAUAUGAAUAAACCUGUUUUACCAGGUAUGGAAAUUCCAUUACCCCAAUUAGGAGUAUCAUCAUUAAAAUUAAAAUCAUUAUUGAAUAAACAUGGUAAAUCAGUUACUAAUGUUAGAGAAUCAAUAACCGUUGUGAUUAAUAAUGUUAAUAAUGGAGAAAUUAUAAGAUUAACAGGAGGAUCUAAAUCCAGUUCUCCAAGUUGGGUUCAUUCUCAAUAUCAAUUGAAAGGGGCUUAUGUGGAAGCCAUUAAUCAAAUUGGACAAUUAUUACAAGAUAAAAGAUUUGGUAUUAAAGUUAAAGAAAUUUAUCCAUAUAAAUUGAAUCAAGAUAAAUCAGUUGAAACUUCAAUGCAAUUAGAUUAA